AUGUCUUGCACUACUCGUGUCUUAACCGCUAUCCUCCUAUGUCUCGCUCUCGCCACGCGUUUCACUAAUGCAGAUCCUGCACCUCCAUCUCCUGCGACAUUUCCUCGAGCACUUCACCAGGUCCAACGCCGAGAACUCCAAGUUCGAGCAAACUAUCCCGAGUUCUUUGUUCCUCGAGACGACACAUCACCCACAGGCUCAGACGAUGAUGAUGACGACGAUUGUGCGAACAGCGCACGGAGAAGACGGAGAGAUUUCUACGAAUGGAGCGAUCAAUUACUUUCGGUCGAUGAGAUUGUUGACUUUUUACUCGGUGGUGGAGGGUUCACUUCAGCAAACGGAACGUCGUACCACGAUCCCGAGUUUAUCAAAGAACAUGAACGCGCCUAUAAAGCCUACGGUCCUUAUUCCACCCUCCGCAGAUGGGUCACGAACUCGUUUGGCGAACGAAUCAUGUACCUCACUCUCCCGGCUUACCAGGCAUGGAAGAACAACGUCGACCCCGAGUCCGUCGUUUACCUUACGUCCAGAACCGGUUUCAGAGCCAAAGAUCUUCCUGAGAUAGAACGUGCUCUUCUCGGACACGCGGAGUUUACAGAGCUUAAAGUAUCCGGUGCACAUAUAACUCGGCGCUGGUUGGAAGCUGCUAUCAAGUAUUCCGAUUGA